UAUAUAUAUAGGCGAGAAUUAAUAUUCAAUAAUUCAUGGCGUCUACCGUUGCCAUGGAACAACUUCAUCACAGUAGUUCUCGACGAAGAGACGAAGGAGCAGAGACGUUCAAUCUGAGAGAAUGGGCGUUCAAGGCUCGAAUGAUCGGCGGCGAGAAUGCAAAUUCAAGAAGGUUUUCUGCUUCAAAUAUCAGAAGUUUCAGAGAAGACGCCAGGUCUUUCAGAUCAAGUAUAACCAUCUCUAGCACUGCUUCCUCUCCUGGUUAUCCCUUAAAAGACGAGAUCGACCCUUCAACCUACUCUUUCACCACUGCAUUAAAAGCAUUGCAGGCAAGGACGAUUUACAAUAGCUGGGAGUGCUUAUCGCCAGACGGAUUUGCUUUGAAUUCCAAGUGGAACGAAGCAGAGAAGUACAUCUGUAACCCUCUGUCAGGGGAGGUUCCAAUGGAGUGUUUGUCUGCCAAAACGCUGAGUGGGAGGUCGUUUCGCAACUUAACCAGUAGAAUUACCAUGUCUGCUCCUCUUGUUUACCCCUCCGGCCAUUCGCGGCAAAUCCAAACGAAGCCGCUUUCCAUUCUCCGUGAUAUUCCUGGUUUUGAUGAAGAAUUCCCUGUUACAGAGAAGAAAAUGGAGGGGACGACGAGAGAUGUAGGGACUCAAAGCACACCCCCUGAAAUUAGUUCUGGCAGUCCAAGCCCGGCUUCUACCCCUCCAAUCAUAGAGAGGUCACCAAAGAGAUCCGAAGAAGAAGCCAGUGAUUCCCCCAACUAUAACGCCAAGUUGACAGCAGAGGAAUUAGAGGUGGGGGACUAAUUACAGGUCCAUCACAAUUGGUCCCUUCAGCUAGCUUUCAAUAAAAUUGGUGGUCCAUAUACUCUCUUUUCUUUGUUGUAUGCCCUUCCAAGGUGGGGGACUGACUGGUUUAACUCUGUUGGCUAAUGGGUGCAUGUGCUCUUCUCUCCUUCACAUUCACAUGCUCCAAAGCCACCCUAAAACAACUUUCUCCUUACUCAUUCCUUAUUUUAAACCACAGAUACUUGUUUCCUUGAAUGUCUUUGGUUUUGGGAAUCCAUAUAAUCCUGACAAGCAAUAUCGAGUGCUGUCAUGCACUCCUUUAGAGACUUUUUAUUUAUUUGAUUUACUGAUUUUGCACCUUACGAGCAGCAGGUGCCAAACAAAUUAGAGUGUUUAUUAUAAUACGAGAAGUAAAAUACAUUUUCAUACAUAUGUUGGAAGUAUCACAUUACAUUAUAAGCAUAAAGACAUGAAUCUAUAUAAUUGUUCCUCGUACUUGGUAUGAGUAAAAAAGUAAUCUCAUAGGAAACAGAUUUUAUUAAGGUAAAUAAUCAAAAUUUAUUAUUUUAAUCGUACUUGAGAUUUUCUAAGAUAUUAAACUGGUUGGAAAUUUCUAAGUUUGUUUAAAAAAAUAAACUGAAGAUUUCAUAUGUUUAAUCUCUCAAAAACCCUAUUUUCAAAAGAUGAGGAAAGAACAUGUGUGAUGCAUGUGUCCAAGUGCAAAAAAAACACUUUUAGAGAGAGAUGAAAGCAAUCCCAAAAAUGGAAGUUGCUUAUGAAGCUUUUCGGUUUUCGAUCUUUAUGUUGAGUGAUGUUGCAUGCUCGUGUUCCUUUUCUUUUUGUUUUAUGUGGAAAUGCAGGAGAUGCUUUGACUAUUUGAAUGCAUAUGUUGGCUUCUUUAAGUAAACUUGUUUCUCGUGUCAGGAUUCUCAGUGAAAGUGCCAUAACGCUGCUUUUGUUUCCCUUGUUCCCCCCAUCUUUAUUCUUCUUCUAUCUGGAAAAUGUUCGUGUCUUUCAGGGUGACCGCUACAGUUAGAUUGCACUUGCCCCUAUAUAUACCCUCACCACACAGGCUACUUUAGGUGUAUCUGAUAUGACCCAGCCUAAAAAUUUGAGGGACAGUAGUUUUAAGGGAAAUCAAUUUGGCUGGACCCGAGCAUCUUUUCUGUUCUUUAAAUUCAUUCAAAAUUUAUAUCAUCUCCCAGAGAAAGAAAAUCGUUGCCAUGAUUUAGUUUAGCAAAACACGUGACAUUGACGAAACUGGUCAUCAACACAGAGAAAGAGAGAGAGACAAGAGUAGAUUGAAGCAAUCAGGUAAAUGGGAUGCUGAUAUACGUAUUGGAAUGACACGGGUUGUGCAGGUUAAAAUGGAAGAAAAAGAGAAAGAAACAGAAAGAAAAGGGGAGAUAGACAAUUAUAAAGAGGAGGAAGAUGGUGGUGGUGGCAGGGGCAGGUGGAGCGUGCAAGGUGGGUGCUUGUCGUGGAUGAAGAAAA